GCGUUUGAGAAAAUAGCGACUUUAAGAAUUUUUUAAUAACAAAAAAAAAAAAAACAAAAAUUGUAAAUUCGGAUUUUUUCAAAAAAUAAAAAAAAAAAAAUAUUAAUAAAUAAUAACAAUAAUUAAUAAUUUUUUUCUAAUUUAUAAUUAAAAAAGAAAAAAAAAAAUUUUCAAAAUUCGUUUAUCAAAUAUAACGAGAAAAUUAAAAAAUUCGAUUAAAUCAAAUCGAAAUUCAAAAGAUCCAAAUAUGGCAUUAGUACCAGCACGUACAACAACAUCAACAGAUCCAUGGGAUCCAAUUGAAUAUCGUCCACGUUAUUGGAGAGAUUGGGAUGAAUUUGAUUUAGCAUUAAAAGAGGCCCGUGCAUUAUCCGAUUAUCCAUUAUAUCGUUCAAAUUCAUUAGCAUGGUUAAAUUUACAUCAUGGUUUAAUAACAAAAGAUGGUUUUAGAGUAUCAUUAGAUGUACAUAAAUUUAAACCAAGUGAAAUAACAGUUAAAAUUGAAAGUGAUACAAUUGUUAUUGAAGGUAAACAUGAAGAUCGUUGGGCCUAUGAUAAAUUAACGAGACGUGAUUUUUGUAAUAAAUAUACAUUACCAUUGGGUUAUGAUCCAUGGCAAGUAACAUCAACAUUAACAGCUGAUGGUAUAUUAACAGUUAAAUGUCCACCACCACGUAGAACAGCAAUACAAUGUUAUAAACGUUAUGUACCAAUAACACAUAUUUAAGAUUCAAAAAAAAAAAAAAAAUCAAA